GGCUGAGGAGACAAAUUGCCCUCAUCAUUAUCUCCAAGCUUGCCAAUCAAACCGAUCCCCUCAUUUACCUCUCCGAGAAGAACGGCCCCCGGGUGCCCGAAGGGACGGCAGAGCAGAGAGCGCCAGCCGACCCCGAGCCCACUCCGAGCUGCUUGCCCCAUAGGGACGCCCCCCGCCGCUGCCCAGGAUGGCCACGAUCACCUGUACCCGCUUCACGGAGGAGUACCAGCUCUUCGAAGAACUGGGCAAGGGCGCCUUUUCCAUCGUGCGCAGGUGCGUGAAGGUGCUUGCAGGGCAGGAAUAUGCUGCCAAGAUCAUCAACACCAAGAAGUUGUCUGCUAGAGAUCAUCAGAAGCUGGAGCGAGAGGCCCGGAUCUGCCGCCUUCUGAAGCACCCCAACAUAGUCAGACUCCAUGACAGCAUAUCAGAGGAGGGGCACCACUACCUGAUAUUUGACCUGGUCACAGGUGGGGAGCUUUUUGAGGACAUCGUGGCCAGAGAAUACUACAGUGAAGCGGAUGCCAGUCACUGCAUCCAGCAAAUCCUGGAGGCUGUCUUACAUUGCCACCAAAUGGGUGUGGUGCACAGAGACUUGAAGCCGGAGAACCUCCUGCUAGCUUCCAAGCUCAAGGGAGCAGCCGUGAAGCUGGCUGACUUUGGCCUGGCGAUUGAAGUGGAAGGGGAACAGCAGGCCUGGUUUGGUUUUGCAGGGACUCCAGGGUACCUCUCUCCAGAAGUGCUCAGGAAGGACCCUUACGGGAAGCCGGUGGAUCUGUGGGCGUGUGGUGUGAUCCUGUACAUCCUAUUGGUUGGGUAUCCCCCAUUCUGGGAUGAAGACCAACAUCGACUGUACCAGCAGAUCAAAGCUGGGGCCUAUGAUUUCCCAUCCCCCGAGUGGGACACGGUCACUCCCGAAGCAAAAGACCUCAUUAACAAGAUGCUGACUAUCAACCCCUCCAAGCGCAUUGCGGCCGCUGAAGCCCUGAAACACCCCUGGAUAUCGCAUCGCUCCACUGUGGCUUCAUGCAUGCACAGGCAAGAGACGGUGGACUGCCUGAAGAAAUUCAAUGCUCGGAGGAAACUGAAGGGGGCUAUCCUCACCACCAUGCUGGCCACCCGAAACUUCUCUGGAGGGAAGAGCGGGGGUAAUAAGAAGAACGAUGGCGUGAAGAAAAGAAAGUCCAGUUCCAGCGUUCAGUUAAUGGAAUCCUCUGAGAGUACGAACACCACCAUCGAGGAUGAAGACACCAAAGUGAGAAAACAGGAAAUUAUUAAGGUGACCGAACAGCUGAUUGAAGCAAUAAGCAACGGUGAUUUUGAGUCCUACACGAAGAUGUGCGAUCCUGGUAUGACGGCCUUUGAACCCGAGGCUCUAGGGAACCUGGUUGAGGGCCUGGAUUUCCAUCGAUUCUACUUUGAAAACCUGUGGUCCAGGAACAGCAAGCCCGUCCACACCACCAUCCUGAACCCGCACAUCCACCUGAUGGGCGACGAGUCGGCCUGUAUCGCCUACAUCCGCAUCACGCAGUACGUGGAUGCGGGUGGCGUGCCCCGCACCGCGCAAUCUGAGGAAAGCCGCAUCUGGCACCGCCGAGAUGGCAAGUGGCAGAUCGUCCAUUUCCACAGAUCUGGAGCGCCCUCCGUCCUGCCACACUGAAGCGUUUUGCCUGUGAUUGGCCGGGUUUGUCACUGCCUUGCUGCAUUGUGAAGACCCCAUCCUCUUCACCAAUGGAACGUGGCUGCCGGUUCUACCACUUGGAUCUUGCUGGAAUUCCCACCGUCACCUCCAUCACAGCUGCCGCCACCGCCACCAGCGCCUCUCCUCCAAGCCAGGAAAGCUUUACCCUCCCCAUCAAACCACCGCACACCCAGAGAGCAAACGACAACAACCUUUUCUUUGUCUUUUGGGGUUUUUUUUUCUUUCUCUCCCUUUAGCUUUCCAAUAGGCUUCUGAUUGUGUUGACUAGCUGGGCCCACAGCUCACGCCUGCUGCUUUCCACUCAAGACUGUCAGCCCAAACUCCAAAAGAAGAGAACACUGGGAAGAGAAUGCCUUCUUCCCAGAAUGCAUCCCCUCCCCCAAACACACACACACACACACACACACACACGUCCUAAAGGCUAUCCGGAUGAUAUCACCUAGGUUCCAGUCUAGUUCUGCUUUGUUUGAAGACCCCAUCUCUAUCCUUUCACUGGAGAUGGAGCAAGAAUGAGGAAAUGGAGCCCAUUGGAGCCUCAAGACUGUCUCACAUUGGAUCCAAGGAUGACAUCGAGACUAGGUGACACCCAGCCUUCAUCCAUUAUCCCAACCACUCUCCUCUCCAACUGGGAGAGGAUAUCUGGCAACUGAUGAAGCAUCUGUUCCCUUCAUCUCCUUCCUCUAAGUUCCCAAGGACAGAGCCAAUGGGCAGGGAAAUCUGCCUGUCCACCCAAGCCGGGCCCACAUCCCUCUCUAGGGCUGUUAAACCCAAACUGCAUUUUUCCUGACCCUAAAAGAGCAGUUCAUCUUUCUUUCUUCUAGAACCUGCUCUGGACCAUCCCACUUGCCCUACCCUCUCUUUCCUGGUGGCCUCAAUUUCUUUCCCAUUGUCCAUCGGGGCUCGGUUGAAUUUUGUCUUCAGGAAACUAACAGAAUGCUGGUGCUAAAGAGGGGGCCUUCUUUUUUCUUUUUCUUUUUUCUUUUUUCAAUUGAACUGUUUGCUUCAACAGUUAUCCACUGAACCAUCGUUCCAGCAAAGAUUGAGAAUUCAAGCUAUAGUAACCCUGGAGAGGAAAUCUGAUUGUGUUUUGAAAAAGAGAAAAGCGACAUUUAGGUAUCUCUUCUACUUUGACCGCAUGCCUUUUUAUAGCCAAACUUCCGUGUAUUUCGUCAAUUGAUUCCGCGUAUUUGCUGAAAUGGAUCUUUAUGUAAUAACUAGAAAUCUCAAAUGAUUGCGGGGAGGGGAGGGCGACAGGGAGGGGAGUUGUUUUUUCAGUUCUUUUUUCUUAAUCUCUGGAGCUGAAUUGGUAGACUCUCUGGGGAGGAGGUGAACUCCGAGCCCAGGGUUAAAGAAGAACUCGGACCUUCCCAGCUCCACUCUGGGUUACCUUGCGGGUGCCAUUUUGGGCCAGUCAAAGAGGGUUGAAAUGUCAGAUGUCAAUAUUGACUCAGAAAAAACCAGACUGGAGGCAUUUUCUGAACGGAGAUGGGGCUGUGUGCCCCUCCACCCAGGGCUCAGCAGUCAUCAGGUGGACAGUGAGAGGAACCAACCGAACUUCCUCAUUCCCGCAGGCUUGUCCAAGCCCUUGACCUAUGUCACGAGGCAACAUGGGGCAUGGGUGGGGGUGUGGCCCUUCUCUAGCUCCACAUCCUGAUGGGGGAAGGGAUAGGGCAGAGAGCACUAAGCCUUGCCAUUAGCUCUUUCCCUUUGGGUUGAGCACUUGGAGAUAUAGUGUUGAAUAUUUCUGUUCUUUAUCUAUCCUUUGGUAACCCCCAAGUUCUAUCUUUCUCUCUCUCCCUCUCCCUCUUCUGCCCAUUCCCAUUUUCCCUUCUCUCUCUUUCUCUGUCUCCCCUUCUCUCUCUAUCUCUUUUUCCUAUUUCUUUUCCACCUGGGGUUGACUCUUUGACGUGAGGUGCUUUUGGGCUGCUGCUAUCUGCAUUUGUCCCUUGCAUGCCUUUCCACUUUAUAUGCAGUAAGUAUAACUGAAAAAAAAACAACAACAAAAAACAACAACAACAAAA